AUGGGGUCCGGGUUGAUAUGGGCUUCCAUCUGGGCUCUGUGUUACGGCAUUGGUUUACUGCUCUUGAGCAUCUCAACCAUUGUGUUUUAUAGGCUUUUUCUUCACCCGCUUUCACGAGCCCCUGGUCCGAGGCUUGCUGCCGUUUCCAACAUAUGGCAUGCAUAUCACGCUCGAAAUGGACGGAUGUUUGAACUGGGCCGGACUCUGCACCAGAAGUAUGGCGAAGUUGUGCGGGUUGGCCCGAAUGAACUGUGGUUCAACAGCCCAGAAGCCUUUGACAAGAUUUACAGCAGCACAAAGGGAUUCGAAAAGACGGACUUUUAUUUGGCAACCAGCUUGAAUACGCCCAAGAUCGAUUGCUUCUUGCGACCUCAUUUUGUCGAUAGCUUGGAUCUACUUUCAGAGCGAGACAUGAAGCGCUACCGUCUUCAAAGACGACUGAUUGGACGAGUUUACCAAACGGCUAAUGUGGCCAAGUUCGAAGCAGCAGUCGACGAUGUUAUCAAGCAGGCGAUUGCCCGACUGGAAACCCUCGAUGGUGCUGAGAUAGACUUGAAGGAGUGGAUGCACAUCAUCGCCGUGGAGUGUCUUGGAGCUUCAGUCAUCUCGUGGUCCCCAGGGUUGCUCAAAGCGGGAACAGACUGGGGAUCCAGCGCCCAUAGUUACCUUGGCUGGAGAAGGAAGAGCGUCAUGGGUCUUUUCCCAACUCUGACCAAAUUGACAAUGCGGUCGAAUCUCUUUGAGUGGAUAUUCAGGGAUGUCUGGGACCUGAAGUACGUUGCUACGCCCAACUUCAGGUCCUUCUUUCCUGAUGUGGGGAAGCGAAUCUCUCGAAGAAUCAAGUCUACAUUGAAACCAAAUGCCCCUAAAGAUAACCGAGCAGAUCUGCUGGCGGAUCUCAUCCAACUUCAUAAAGACAAGCCAGAUUUCACCGAGAGCUAUCUCAGGAAAAUGGCCGUGACCAAUUUUGGAGCGGGACAUGAGACAAUGGCAUCGACUUUGACAUCAAUUUUCACCAUGAUUGGCACAAAUGACGGCGUGCAGAAGAGAGUAAAGCAAGAGAUACGGGAUGCCGUGGAUUCUUUGUCAUAUGUAGGUACAAACCAGCUGCAAUAUACGCGUGCAGCAAUAAGAGAGGCUAUGCGCCUCCACCCGGUCCUGAGCAUGUCGCUUCCUCGCCGUGUUCCUGAUAUGGGCUCACAUAUUCACGGCUACUUCAUCCCGGGAGGCACGACAGUCGGGUGCAACCCCGUGGCGUUGCAUCGAAAUGCAAACGUCGUGAUAGGACCAGAUCCAGAUGCCUACAAUCCGGACCGCUGGCUCGGUGGCGAGAUCUUUGACAUUCGCCUCAUGGACCGAUACAGUCUCAACUGGGGCGGCGGACCGAGGACUUGUCCGGGGAAGAACUUGGCCGAAAUGGUCGUAUAUAAAGUCGUAUCAGCCCUAUUCGAACGAUUCGAUGUGGAGGUGGCAACACCGCCGGAAAUUGGGCAGCCGUCAUACUUCCUGUCAAUGAUGACUGGAGUAAAGGCGCGGUUCUUGUCUGUCGCUCCACAGACGGCGGGGAAGGACUGUCUCUAG